ACUAUUAGUGAGAGGUUGUUUAAAACCGAGGGUAAAGUUGGAUUGAAAUAAUAGUGAGUGCAGAUUCAUCAUGCUGCACAGGAGACCCUAAGGAUCAGAUUUUGGAAGUACACCUGGAUUACAUUUAAGGCGAUUUUUUGUUUUGUUUUAAACACUUGGUUGUUUCAAACCAGGUUUUUUUAACCUGAGGAAUUAAAGCUCAAAACGAGGGACAUGGCGAGUGAGAGGAAGCCGAGGCUUUGUGUCAUGACAAAAGGGGACAAAGGCUAUGGAUUUCACUUGCACGGCGAAAAGGGCAAGACUGGACAGUAUAUCCGCAAAGUGGAGCCCGACUCGCCUGCGGAGGAGGCUGGCUUGCGCGCUGGGGACCGGGUGGUCGCCGUGAACGGUGUGAACGUGGAGAGAGAAACGCACCACCAGGUGGUACAGCGGAUCAAGGGUGUGGACAACGUGACCAGAUUACUGGUGGUGGACCAAGAGACGCACGAAUGUCUCCGCAACCUGCGCCUCACGCCCACAGAGGAGAUGGCCGUACCCCGGGGCGGAGCCGCCUCCCCCGUUCACUCCUCCCCACCGCCGCAGUCCACUCCUAGCCCAUCGCCUUCGGUACCGUCCUCACCUGGCAAAAAGAAGCGGGAGAACGGUUCGGUGUCGUUGCAGUCCAUGUUGCAGAGGAGUCAGAGUUGUCAGGCGCAGAAGCCGACCGGGAGGCUAACGUCGCCAGCGGUGAAGAAGGCGGUGCAGACACAGGUGGAAGAAGCCCCCACAACCACCCACCAAGCCCGGUCGAGGCUCCACGGCGACCCCACAGAGUUUGCUCCUCGCCUGUGCCACCUGGUGCGGGCGGACACUCGCUACGGCUUCAACCUACACAGCCAUCGGUCCAGACCUGGCCAGUACAUCCGCCUGCUGGACGCCGGCUCGCCUGCGGACCAGGCCGGACUACGACCUCAGGACCGAAUCGUUGAGGUCAACGGCGUGAACGUGGAGGUGAUGCGUCACAGCGAGGUGGUGGCGUUCAUCAAGAAAGGAGGAGACGAGACGUGGCUGCUGGUGGUGGAUCCCGACACGGACGAGUACUUCAAGAUGAAAGGGAUCACGCCCACCGUCAGCCAUGUCAAAGACUACAGCGGUCCGUACGUAUCGAAAAGCUCGCCAAGCCCGCUGACGAACGGCAGCUCCUCGCCGCAUUCCUUCAGGUCAAAGAACUCUGUCCGUAGUAACGGCAGACAGGCCGCCGGCAAAGAGCGAGGCCGUUAUUCGGACCCGUUCGCCGACAUCGGCCUGAACGCCACGGCGGCGGAGGUCAAGCAGAAGCUCACCGCCAAAGAGAAGAGGAAGGCGCCAGAGAUGGACUGGAUGAAGAAAUACGAGCUUUUCAGCAACUUCUGAGACGAAAAGAAGCAAGAUGGAUUUUUCUCUUGAAAAAGCUACAUUAAAUAUUUACUUAAGUCCUUUUUCUUAUAUAUUUAAAGUGUAUGAACAUACGAAAAGCAUUAGAGUGGACAAUAAUAACCACUAACUGAUGAACAAGCUGGUUAAAGGACAGGUGAUGCUGAAAGUGUCCAGCAGAGGGCAGCAUUGCACCCCAAGUACGAGCAAUGUUUGUUUAUUCCCAGCAGUGGUAUCAUCAAAAUCGGCUUUAUCGGCCAAGAAUGUUUAACGGACACGAACUUGGUAGACAGCGCUCUUUGUUCAAUGUGAAGAACUUCCUAUUUUAGUAAAAGUAAAGGUGUAGAAUGUAUUUUGAAGGCAGUAUUACAUUGUAAAUAAGUUUAAGAGGGGACUGCAAAGCACUGAACUCUUGCGCAAUAAUUAACAUGCUGAUGUUAGAAAACUAUCCACCAUAAAAUGAUAUUUACAUACCCGAAUAAAGGAUUAGGUACAGAGUUUCUAGUCGUAACGAUACACGGCAAUAUCGAUAUUUGAUAGGGGGGGCCAGAAUGCAGUUGGGAUAGGCUCCAGCCACCCCCCGCGACCCCGAGAGGGACAAGCGGUAGAAAAUGGAUGCAUGGAUGGUGUUUUGCAAUAUGGAUCGCCAAUGCCAAUAGAGAUAACGAUACCAUACAUUUCGACACCAGCGUGUUGAUACCAUAAAGCAGGGGUGUCAGAGUCAAGGCCUACGGGGCCAGGUCUGCGAAUGAAUCUGUGGCCCCUGGGAUGAUAUUUGAUUAGUAUUAGAACCUGGGGAUAGGUUAAUGGGCAACACUAAAUUGGCCCCUAUUGUGUGAAUGUUGGCCCUGUGAUGAGGUGGCGACUUGUCCAGGGUGUACCCCGCCUUCCGCCCGAAUGCAGCUGGGAUAGGCACCAUCACGCCCCGUGACCCCAAAAGGGACAAGCAGUAGAAAAUGGAUGGAUUGAUGGUGUUUUGCAAUAUGGAUUGCGGAUGCCAAUGCCAAUAGAGAUAACGAUACCAUACAUUUCGACACCAGCGUGUUGAUACCAUAAUGCAGGGGUGUCAAAGUCAAGGCCUACGGGGCCAGGUCCGGCCCGCGAAUGAAUUAUUUGUGGCCCCCAGGGAUGAUAUUUGAUUAGUAUUAGAACAUGGGGAUAGUUUGAUUGGCAACACUAAAUUGGCCCCUAGUGUGUGAAUGUGAGUGUGAAUGUUGUCUGUCUAUCUGUGUUGGCCCUGUGAUGAGGUGGCGACUUGUCCAGGGUGUACCCCGCCUUCCGCCCGAAUGCAGCUGAGAUAGGCUCCAGCACCCACCGUGACCCCAAAAAAGGGACAAGCGGUAGAAAAUGGAUGGAUGUGUGAAUGUUGUCUGUGUGGGCCCUGUGAUGAGGUGGCGACUUGUCCAGGGUGUACCCCGCCUUCCGCCCAAAUGCAGCUGGGAUAGGCUCCAGCACCCCCCGCGACCACAAAAAAGGGACAAGCGGUAGAAAAUGGAUGGAUGGAUGAAACCUGGGGAUAGGUUGAUUGGCAACACUAAAUUGGCCCCUAGUGUGUAAAUGUCGGCCCUGUGAUGAGGUGGCGACUUGUCCAGGGUGUACAUGCCUUCCGCCCGAAUGCAGCUGGGAUAGGCUCAGGCACCCCCCGUGACCCCAAAAGGAACAAGCAGUAGAAAAUGGAUGGUGUUUUGCAAUAUGGAUUGCGGAUGCCAAUGCCAAUAGAGAUAACGAUACCAUACAUUUCGACACCAGCGUGUUGAUACCAUAAGGCAAGGGUGUCAAAAUCAAGGCCUACGGGGCCAGGUCCGGCCUGCGAAUGAAUUAUUUGUGGCCCCCAGGGAUGAUAUCUGAUUAAUAUUAGAACAUGGGGAUAGGUUGAUUGGCAACACUAAAUUGGCCCCUGGUGUGUGAAUGUGAGUGUGAAUGUUGUCUGUCUAUCUGUGUUGGCCCUGUGAUGAGGUGGCGACUUGUCCAGGGUGUACCCCGCCUUCCGCCCGAAUGCAGCUGAAAUAGGCUCCAGCACCCCCGCGUGACCCCAAAAAAGGGACAAGCGGUAGAAAAUGGAUGGAUGUGUGAAUGUUGUCUGUGUGGGCCCUGGGAUGAGGUGGCGACUUGUCCAGGGUGUACCCCGCCUUCCGCCCAAAUGCAGCUGGGAUAGGCUCCAGCACCCCCCGCGACCACGAAAAAGGGACAAGCGGUAGAAAAUGGAUGGAUGGAUGAAACCUGGAGAUAGGUUGAUUGGCAACACUAAAUUGGCCCCUAGUGUGUAAAUGUUGGCCCUGUGAUGAGGUGGCGACUUGUCCAGGGUGUACAUGCCUUCCGCCCGAAUGCAGCUGGGAUAGGCUCAGGCACCCCCCGUGACCCCAAAAGGAACAAGCAGUAGAAAAUGGAUGGUGUUUUGCAAUAUGGAUUGCGGAUGCCAAUGCCAAUAGAGAUAACGAUACCAUACAUUUUGACACCAGCGUGUUGAUACCAUAAGGCAAGGGUGUCAAAAUCAAGGCCUACGGGGCCAGGUCCGGCCCGCGAAAGAAUUAUUUGUGGCCCCCGGGAUGAUAUCUGAUUAAUAUUAGAACCUGGGGAUAGGUUGAUGGGCAACACUAAAUUGGCCCCUGGUGUGUGAAUGUGAGUGUGAAUGUUGUCUGUCUAUCUAUGUUGGCCCUGUGAUGAGGUGGCGACUUGUCCAGGGUGUACCCCGCCUUCCGCCCGAAUGCAGCUGAAAUAGGCUCCAGCACCCCCGCGUGACCCCAAAAGGGACAAGCAGUAGAAAAUGGAUGGAUAGGCCACAGCCGCCUGCUGCUGUUUUGCACGCACCAAUACUCCCAUCAGUGUUGGUGCUAGGAAUUUUCCAAAUGGGGUCCCGGGGACCCCAUCAAGUCAUAAAAAUGGGGUCCCACAGUACAUUUUUGGGGUCCCCACUUUUUUGUAAGCGUUUUGAAAACAAAUGUAUGCAUUAUCCUGUUAUAUCUCACAUUCUAUAUUGUGUUUUGGAAAAAGGUUGUCAUAAACGUUACUUCAUUCA